AUGGAAAUAAAUCAGUCUAAUUCUAAAUUGUUGGCUGCUAUCAUGAAGCAACUUCGUGAGUUACAAGGAGACUUGUGGAAACAUGAAGCUAGGAUGGAUGCCUUUGCGAAACUAUCCUUAAAGAUGGGAGAACGUGUUGGAGACUUGGAGAACACAGCAAGCUCCGGUGGGAAUCCUACCUAUCGAAAUUUUCAAGAAGAAGAUAGGAGUUUCAAAUUGGAACUUCCUGAAUUUGAUGGCUCAAGUGAUCCGGAAAACUUCUUAGAUUGGGUUCGAAGAAUGGAAAGUGUCUUUGAUUAUAAAGACUUUGAUGAUAGGAGGAGGUGUAAGAUGGUUGUCCUUAGAUUAACAAAGCUUGCUGGGCUUUGGUAUGACAAUCUAAAAGCCAAGAGACGAAGAGAAGAGAAAGAAAAGAUCGAGUCAUGGGAGAAACUCAAGAAGAAAAUGGAGAGGCAUUGGGUACCACGUGAGUAUGAGCAAGAUCAAUAUGUCAAGCUAACUCGACUAACUCAAGGCGAUCUCAGUGUUGAUGAGUAUGUUCGUGAAUUUGAGAGGCUAGGCUUGAUGUGUGACUUGCAAGAGAAGGAGCCCCUCAAGAUUGCUCGUUUCACUAAAGGGCUGUCCAAACCCAUCUCUCACAAGGUAGAUCUUAUGAGCUUUUCUACUUUUGAUGAAGUUGUGAUAGUAGCUAGGAAGGUGGAAGCACAAGUGAAACAGGAGAAGCCUAAGGCGAACACAAGUGGCGUCAAGACUCCAUAUAAACCAUACAUACCUUUUAGGAAGAGUGAGUCUUCUUCUAGCUCUUCUAAACAACUUUCUUCUACUAAUCGUGUUAGCUACAAUCUAAGGAAGAGUGAGUCUUCUUCUAGCUCUUCUAAACAACUUUCUUCUACUAAUCCUUCAAAGUUUCAAAGUGGAAAAUCUAGUUUUAAGCAAGAAGGAUUCAAGAGGACUUGUUACAAGUGCCAAGAACGUGGGCAUAUUGCUAGUGAAUGCCCAAAAAGGAAUAUUCUCACAAUUCACCCGAGUGAGGAGGAUUCUUACAGCUAUGGAUCUGAAAGUAACAAUGAAGAUGUUGAGGAGUAUGAUACGGAGGAGAAUGACAACCCUCUUUGUGGAGUUGUUAGGAGAGUCUUACAUUCUGAACCUCUCAAAGACAUGCAGCAACGAGAGAACCUUUUCCAUACAAGGUGCAAGGUUCUUUAUAAGACAUGUGAUGUGAUUGUUGAUGGAGGAUCAUGCACGGAUGUGGCAUCCACAGAACUUGUCAGUAGGCUUAAGCUUCCUCUUCGAAAUCAUGCUAAGCCUUACAAAUUGAAUUGGUUGAGUAAUGAAACUAGUUUGAAGGUCAAGAAACAAGCUUUAGUUUCAUUUACAAUUGGCAAUUAUCAUGAUGAACGUUGGUGUGAUGUAUUGCCUAUGAGUGCAUGUCAUAUUUUGCUUGGUAGACCAUGGCAAUUUGAUAGAAAUGUUGUACAUGAUGGUGUUUCUAAUAUAUAUCUGAAUUUUCCGAUGUAUUUCCUAGUGAUUUCUGAAAGGAUCGCCACCUUUCGUGGGAUUGAGCAUGCAAUUGACUUAAUCCCGGGAGCCCCAUUGCCUAACAAAGUAGCCUAUCGGUGUAAUCCCGAGCAAGCUAAAGAGUUGCAAAGGCAAGUGGAAGAACUAAUGGAGAAAGGUUAUGUGCGUGAGAGCCUUAGUCCAUGUCUUGUUAGAGCUCUUUUAGUGCCUAAGAAAGAAGGAACAUGGAGAAUGUGUAUUGAUAGUCGUGCAAUCAAUAACAUAACUAUCAAAUAUAGAUUUCCUAUGCCUAGGCUCCAAGAUAUGUUUGAUGAAUUGAGUGGUGCCAAAAUUUUUAGCAAGAUUGAUUUGAGGAGUGGCUACCAUCAAAUGAGAAUUCGAGAAGGUGAUGAAUGGAAGAGCCUUUCAAAACGAAACAAGGGUUGUAUGAGUGGCUUGUCAUGCCAUUUGGACUUUGCAAUGCCCCUAGUUCGUUCAUGA